AUCAUCAACGAUGAAGAAUUCGUCUUGCUGUACGAUAUCAACACUGCAAAAAGCCGUGACUUUCCCUACUGGAAUUACGAGGCCUCUGAACUCGACAGCAUGUCCGACGAUGGGUGUCAAGCGGAAUUUCGCUUUUAUAAGAACGAUGUCUAUGACUUAAUGGCGGUCUUGGGUUUUCCAGAGACAUUUACGUGCUACAAUGGCUUGACGGUAGAUGGUACUCAGGCUCUUUGCAUCUUCUUAAAAAGAUUUGCGUACCCUUGCCGUUAUCUCGAUAUGAUUCCGAGCAGGGCGGAUAAAGGUUGGGCGGUGAAACGAACGUGUCCGAGCAAAAAGGUGUGAUGCAAUGGACUGGGACUAUGUUAGAAAUGUCGCUUGUUUUCGACUUCGGUCAGGGCUUGCGAUGUGGUUUGUACAUUAGACACUGCCGCUGUCACUGAAUUUAGCGGCUUGAUUUGUUUUCUUGCACUUCUUCCUCGUUCCUUUGUGCUGGUACGCUGUCUCCGAGAGGCAAAUGUUGCUAUUUUUUGCGGGAGGUUUAGUUGGAGUAGACAAACAUCUCUUUCAAAGGGUUUCUUUUAUUACUUCCAUGACUCUACCACUGAAUUAUAUUUUCGUUCUGCUACUCGCCAAUGUCGAUGUUAUUCCAAAACAAAAACAACUAAGUACUGUCUAAAACACGAAGGAAAAUCUCAUCCAUGUCAUCCAUGGCAAAACUAAAAGACAGCAGAUCGUGUUUCAUAACUAGAUGACGUGUAUUUUAUAAAUGCGUGCAGCUCGUGCAAGGUGAAAUUAUGCUAAUUUCAAUCACCAUCAUCCUUCUUUUUAAUUUUGAAAAAAAAAAAAUCUCAUACGUCUUUCUGUUUCUUCGAAACUUCAAAAUUAGUUUCCCCUCAGUUUUUACUGUUUACCUUGCUUUGUUUUAGAGAGAAAAACGGAGAAAAAAACUUACAACUGACCUCAAUAAAUUUUGUUUACAUGCGGUUGCCAGAUUUGCAACGCAUUGCGCGAAUCGCCAUAGCGCGGUCCGAGAAGCAAAGUUUGAAGAAAUAUAACGCCACUAUAUCAAUAUAUAUCAAUCUAAUUUUUUGUCAUGUUAUACAAAAUUUAUCCCUCUUUAACAUAUGUAAAAAUUGAGGUUAAGAAGUGUUAAGCUUUUGCAAAGGAAACGGCGAAAGACGAUGAGGUGAUAUUUAGUGGAAGGAGGAGGUAUUCAACACUUUCAAAUUAAACUCAAAUUUUGGCAUUAUACGACCAACAAGUUUGACUUAUAGACGCACAGACACAAACAUAUGAAACUGUUUAUUGAUAUUGUUAUAAAACGAAUUUACCUAUUUAACAUUGUAGCCUGAAAUUACAGAAAGAAAAUAUGAUUUCCGGUUUGCAAAAAGGAAAAUUUCGCUGGCCUUCAAGCGCACCGGAAGAGCGGAAAUAGCGCUCGUGCCAGUCCUACUCCGCAUCACACAUUAAAUGAAGAGCGGAGCGCUCGUUUUACCGCCCAACCUUUAUCCGCCCUGACUCGGAGGUUUGCUAGGCCCGUGCCUCAGCUCUGUAUGACAAGUACCAUGGUUAUGGACUAUUUAUAUACGCACUGGAGUCAUUUGCUAACCUCGCUAAAUCAGCCUUGGCUUUCGCCUGAUAAUUUGGAGACAUUCGCUAUUAAUGCUACUUUUCAAGCUGGAGGGAGCUUUGCGGAAUUGUUUUGGAUUUGUCGAUGGAACGGUCAGACCUGUUUCCCGACUCGGCAAAAAUCAAAGAGUACUGUAUAACGGACACAAAAAAGUUCACGCCAUAAAAUUUCAAUCCGUUUCUGUUCCAAAUUGUCUGGUAGCCAAUUUGUAUGGACCGGUAGAGGGAAAACGACACGAUAGUUCAAUGCUAGCGGAGUCUAGUUUAUAUAAUCAACUGGUAUUAUAUUCUAGGGCCACAAAUGGAGACCCAUUAUGUUUAUAUGGUGAUCCUGCGUACCCUCAUCGUCCGCAGUUGCAAAGUCCUUUUAAAGGAGCAAGGCUUACUCAGAACGAGAUGGAC